AUGGAUGGAUUUACAGAGGCCCUAGGUGAAGAGCCUAAGCCUGGGAAGAAGAGAUCGGGCUCGCCAGACAGUCUACAUUCCAGAUCAUCCUCUGGAACCAAGCACUCCCUGCAGGACCGCCUAUUGACUAAACUGAUUCAACAAGUCAUCCCCGGAGACAAUGAGGAUGAAAGUGAAUCAUCGGACAAGGCUCCCGCCUCUCCGACAAAACCAGCGUUCAGUCUGCCGGUGAUGGGUAACAACUUCCGUCGCUUCAAUGCAAGAAUCGGAGUGGUAUUCUUAUUCCAGGAUCGUGUGGAGCGACUCCUCACUUGGGAUACACCAUCUCACACCAUAUCGCUCCUUUUUGUUUACUCUUUCAUUUGCUUGGAGCCUCAUCUUCUGCUGGUCCUUCCUUUGGUGGUGCUUUUGCUCUUUAUCAUGGUGCCAGCAUUUGUGACUCGUCACCCCCCACCACCCAACACGUCCACUUCUAGUACUACUCCUUACUAUUCUUACGAUGGACCGGCGCUGGCGCCGGCCACAACGAUCAAGCCUGCGCCGGAGACGUCUAAGGACUUCCUUCGGAAUUUGAGAGACCUGCAGAACUGCAUGGCUGAUUUCUCGGAUGUUCAUGAUGCUGUCAUCAAUGUGAUUGCGCCUUUGACUAACUUCUCUAACGAGAAGCUCUCGUCAACAUUGUUUUUGGGCUGCACUGUAGCCAUUGUGGUAUUGUUUGUGGGCGCACACCUCGUGCCUUUGAAGCUCGUGAUGCUUCUUGGUGGAAAUGCAGCGAUCUUAUCAAUUCACCCCACCGUGGGGCAGUUUGUCGGGGCUAUGAUGCAGGACAUGGCCGGGGAAUCCGGAGAUAUGGAUUUCGACGACGAAAACAAGGAUGGGUUUGCUUCAUCAGUACCCUCAGAUCCUACGGAAGCAAUGUCGGCAAUGGAAAAGCUGGCGGACAUCUCAUUAGAUACAUACCCUGAAGAAAGGGAAGUGGAGAUAUUCGAGGUGCAGCACCGUGCCGCGGGAACUUCCGAGUCUGGCUGGGAGAGCUUCCUCUUCAGCCAUGCGCCCUAUGAUCCACUAUCACCAUCUCGCAUUGCCGGAGACCGACCACGGGGAUGUCGGUUCUUUGAAGACGUGCGAGCCCCGCCUGGUUGGGCCUGGAAGAGCAAGAAGUGGGAGCUCGACCUAGACUGUCGGGAAUGGGUAGUGGAGCGUAUGAUUACUCGAGUUGGUUUCGAGGUUCCAGGUGUGACAGCCGAAGGCAAUGCUAUUGUUGGCGAGGUCGGUGGCUGGGUAUGGGAUCUACCACCCAAUCACUCCGCGGAGGAUGACGAAGAGAUGUCAUUAGCCUAUGGUGACUUGCCGCCGGAUACACCAACCCCACAGGAGAAAGGCAAAGCGAAGGAGGACGAUACACCCAAGCUCCGAGAUUGGGAAGAAGGCACAGCUUCUCAUGGGGUGGGAGAAUGGAGACGUCGACGAUGGGUGCGGGUUGUGCAACGAGUCAGCCUUCCACCGGCAGGGGCAGGGUCUGUUACAUACUCGACACUUAGCAGCCGGACGAAAUAG